AUGACAGUCACAUAUCUCUGUGGGUGUAGCUACUACACUCAACCUCAAGCAAACCCGGUCUACCUCCCCCGUAUCGGCAUCAAAGCCUACGCGACUAUCCUCUCGUCCGUUUCCAAAACGGUGCUCACCCAGACAUACACAAACCGAUCCAGCAACCUCCUCGAAGAAGUUUCCUAUACCUUCCCGCUCUACGAUGGGGUUAGCGUAGUAAGUUUCAACUGCCAGAUCGGUAACCGCACUCUGCACAGCCGCGUGAAGCCACGCAAGCAAGCCAAGGCGGAAUACGACGAUGCCGUCUCUAAGAGCGAGUCCGCGGCGUUGAUGGCGCAUUCGCUAAGUGUGUCGGACGUAUUCUCCAUCAGACUUGGGAAUGUUGGGCCGGGUGAGGAGGUCGUCGUGGAGAUUACGCUUGUCGGGGAGCUGAAGCAAGAUGCGCAGAGUGAUGCGGUGCGGUAUACGCUGCCUAGUUCUAUUGCGCCACGGUAUGGCUAUGAAGCGGAGGAUACGAGCAUGCCGCCUGAGGCAGAUGUGCAGGGUAUUUCUAUUACUGUGGAUGUGCAGAUGGAGAGUACGGCUGUUAUCCGGGAGAUCCAGUCGACGAGUCAUUCGUUGAGUGUGGCGCUGGGACGGGUAUCGGUGUCGGGAUCCAGUGGGACUGACAAGGCGUUCAAUCCGGCGCAGGCAUCUGCAAGUGUCAAUCUCAAGGAAGAUCGGACGGCUCUGACGCGCGACUUCGUCCUCCUUGUCAAGGCAGAUGGACUCGACACGCCCCGUGCGAUGCUGGAGACCCACCCGGCUAUCCCUAACCAACGGGCAAUCAUGACGACUCUUGUCCCGAAAUUUGGCCUUGAGCCGAUCAAACCGGAAAUUAUCUUCGUGAUUGAUCGCAGUGGAAGUAUGAUGGACAAAAUCGACACUCUCAAGUCGGCCCUCAGAGUCUUUCUUAAGAGUCUUCCGGUAGGAGUGUGUUUCAACAUCUGCUCGUUUGGCAGCUCGUACUCCUUUCUGUGGAAACAGAGCCUUUUCUACACUGCCGAGAGCCUCCAGGAAGCUCUGAGCUUUGUCGACGGCGUCCGUGCAGAUAUGGGCGGAACGGAGAUGCAGGAGGCCGUCGAGGCUACGGUCCACAGUCGGAUGAAGGACAAGGAAUUGGAGGUCUUGAUAUUGACGGAUGGGCAAAUCUGGAAACAAGAGGCGCUCUUUACAUUCAUUCGCGAGACGGCGGCCGCUGAUAACAGUGCACGGUUCUUCUCUCUAGGAAUCGGCAAUGGGGCAUCGCACUCGCUCGUCGAGGGGAUUGCGCGGGCCGGGAAUGGCUUCUCGCAGUUGGUGGUGAACUACGAAGAGCUGGAUAGAAAGGUGGUGCGCAUGCUCAAGGGAGCGCUGACGCCGCAUAUAUCCGACUACAAGCUGGAGGUCGAGUACGAUGACGGUGGCGAUGUUUUUGGGCUUGUUCUCCCUGAGCGGCCGAAGACCAUGGCUGUGGAUGAGACCGAAAAGGAGCAGCAGCCGAUUUCCCUUUUUGAUGCAGACUACAAGGAGGACGAGCAGAAGACGGACAGAGGAGCCCUGCCGGUCCUCACACCUCCCCAGGCAAUCCAAGCACCGUACAAAAUCCCACCUCUCUACCCUUUCAUCCGAACCACAGCAUACCUCCUUGGUACAUCGACCAUGCACAAUCCCAAAGUCCUCAUUUUCCGCGCCACUUCAAAGCAAGGCCCGCUCGUCCUGCGCAUACCCAUCGACGACAUCGGCACGGGUGAGUCAAUCCAUCAACUUGCCGUCCGAAAAGCCAUGAUCGAGGUCGAGGAAGGACACGGCUGGCUCGCCGCCGCAACCAGCAAAGGGAACCCAUUCAAUAAUCUCCACCCCGGCUCGAAAGAACGUAUCAUCGCCCGCGAAUGCGAGAAACUCGGAACCCAGUUCCAAGUAACCGGCAAGCACUGCUCGUUCAUCGCCCUUGAGAAAGAGAGCACCUCAGACCAGGGGAAAGAGAAGGAUAUUGCCCACCUGUCUACCUCCGAGGCUGCUGGACAACAAGAUACCAUCCACCAGGUUAGCGCGGCAGCAGCACCCGGCCCUGCUCGCGCCGGGUGCAGGAGGGUAGCCUCAAAAGUGCAUAGAAGGAUACUGCCACCGUCACCACCGUCACAAGGGACCCGAUUCAAUGCACGUAUACGGGCAGGGCAAACACCAGGGGCGUCCUCGGGUUCACUGCAGCGCUGGGUGAAGACUUCAAUAGCAAGCGCAGUCCCAGAGUCGUUAUUCGGUGCGCCUGGAGGGAUCACCACCGCCUCCCCUGCGGCUCCAGGCAUGGGACUCGGAUUUGAUGCUCUGAUGGAGCCGGAAAUCUGUCCUCCCGCUCACGUCUCGGAGGAUAUGAUGGAGAUGGAAGGCGCAGACUACUCGGAUGGCUCGGUCGGGUAUUCCCCGGCGUCUCCUAUCUUGUCUCCUCACAGCCCUAAUGAGACGGCCGGGGCCGCAAGCCAAGUCCACAGAAUUAUCGCCUUGCAGUCCUUCGAGGGGUACUGGCCUUGGUCAGCGGAGCUGUUGAAUGCUCUGGGGCUACAUGAGCGGGGUAUUCAAGCUCGGCUGAUGCAACUACUCCAGAAGGACAGUAGACGGUCUAAUCUGACGGUCAUUGCGACCAUGUUAGCCAUGGCGUACCUCACCACCAAGUGUGCUGCUGAUCGAUCGGUCUGGGAACUGGUGUACGACAAGGCUGAGGGGUGGAAGAGGCAGAAGCUUGUGGAGAUGGGGGACGUGGGAAAUGUUCUCAAAGCGAAGGAGAAGGAGAUCACUGCCUUGGUAUGA